AUGAUGAAGAAGGUUCCAAAGCAGAAAAUAUCGGGAAUGGACUCUGGUUCCAGUAUAAUUUCUGCACAAGGUAAAGAGGAAGUUCUGCAUGUGCCGGCAGAUGAUCCUCUCCUCUUUUGUCAUUCUGGAGUCGAGCAACUUACUGAGGACAAAUCGAAAGUGGAUCAUCCAUGGAUUCAUGAUACUGCAUUUGGGCCUGGGCCUCACAAACUGCCUGUCAGAAGGCAUAUCAAGCAGGAAAAUGGUGCAAAUUUUUCUUUGCCAACUGAUAGCUUAACUUCUCCUCUAGAAGCAAAUGUUUUCAACUCAACUGAAAAGUUGCCUGUUAGGAGACAUAUAGCGCGGGUAAACCAUGUAAAUUCUUCUUCAGCAACCAAUUCUUUUCAGGUUCAAGCAUCCGCUUCUUUUGAAGCAAAUGCCGUGAGCUCUGUGGAAGAUUCAUUUCCCCUCUAG